UCCAAAAUGUCGGAAAAUACUGCUAAUGUGACACAAACAACAAAAGCAUCGACGCCGCCAGUAGCGGAAAACAAUUAUGACCAGCACAGAAACUGGAUCAUUAUUGAGUCGCUGUUUGCUCUGUAUACAUUAAUAACUAUUUGGAUCAUUAUUGCUAUGCUCCAUUACGGUAUGAAGCAUAGAAAAUUCUAUUGCAGCAGACAGAGACAAAGAAAACAUGGAACUAUUUAUACCAUGAUUUCCAUUGUAUUUUUGACGUCGAUACCAAGAUUAAUCUUACUGCAGAUCAUCCAAGCAUCUUACGCUCAUCCAACAAACGAUAUUGCGUGCAACAUCGGAAUGUUUGGAUUCAAGGUGUUUUAUAUUUUAAGCUUAUUCGGGACAUAUGUGACAUUGUGGUCUCGACAGUGGCUACUGUAUGCCAGACCCAAUUUCAAGAAUCUCACAGAAGGAUGGUUUCGAAGACUUCAAUACGCCUGCUUGGUACUUAUCAUUUUAACGAGCGUACUUGGAAUGAUCAAUCAUAUUAUACCUAUACGUACAGAGAUAUCGCCUAUUGGCUGCAAAGAAAUUUUGAAAGUGACCGCAGCAAGAAUGAUGCAUUUAGCCAACGUAGCCUUGACUGCCAUAAGUCAAGUAAUGCUCGUAGUGCUUUUUUCAUAUCCUCUCUACAAACAGAUUCAGAAGAAUAAAAAUAUGAGAACGACGCGCAGAGAAUCCACGCCGGAAGAAAAUAACACAACCGUACCAUCACCGAGACCCACCUCAGAGUUUUCGGAUCCCCCAACUGUACUGAGCGAGGUAGAAGCCAUAGAAAAGGCAAAAAAUGUGAAGAGAUGUGCACAAGUCAAGAAGUCACGACGCCCUCUCAUAUCAAUUUUGAAGCGGUCUUCGGUGCUCUCGGGAUUUUGCGCCUUUAGCGAUAUCACAAUAUUCCUAAUAGUACUUGCCCUGAACAAAAUCUACGUAACGCAGCCACUGGGCCUUCACGUGUAUUUAACGAUAUUCGAAACAAAUGCUUUCGUGAACCAGAUUGUCAUAUUCUUCAUGCUCAAUAACUGGAAAAACAUAUUGUUAACAUUAUUUCUGAACAAGUAAGAGUAGGCUACAUCCAACGAACUCAAACAGAAAUAAUGAAUAUAAAAAGCAUUGAUGAUACGAAACUUCAUUUUGAACACUAUUUAAGUUUUUCAUAUAGGUAUCACAAUCCUUAUAUGAAAAACUUGAACAGUAGUUAUAUGUGAAGUCUUUUUAAGCGUUAAAAGUUAGUUUAAUAAGUACCAAUUUUCAUUACGUACUUUCAUUAUUUUCAAUU